AAAGACAGUGUCUCGGUCCAUGCGGGUCUCCGCUCAGUGCGACACCUGCCCUCAGCUCUAGCAGUUACCUGCGGAGGUCCGCCCCAGAGGCCCGCGGGCUACCGGACACACUGCGUCAGCUGCGGACGUCACUGCCGAGCCGAUCCUGCGUAGUGCCACAUCCGGAAGGGCCUCAGUUCUGUCCAGUGACUCAGCGACUGUCAGGUGAAGCCUCCAUCCGGACAGUCGGCCCCUGACGCAGGACAGCCGUACCCGGGCUGGUCAGUGGUCACGACACAGGAAAACGGCCGCUCCGAACGGGUCGGGGGCCGGACGGCGCGGCGGUGGCGGGCGUCCUUCUAGGGCCAGUGGAGCGUCAGACUGACCGCAGGAACAGGCAGUGACGGAGGUACCGCGGCGCGGGCACCCAUUCAGUGACUGGAAAGGUACCGGACUGAGCGCAGUCAGAGCGGACGGUGUGUGUGUUGUGUAGUUCUGUUGAUAGGGAGAUCUUACGGACGGACUGCUGCAAAAGUCAGGUGACCUGUCACUAUGUCCAUCGCCUACCGGAAUCGCCGUGACCUUGACCUGGAUGACCUCGACGACGACGACUGGCACGACCGGUGGGAGGAGUUUGGCGACCACCUUGGCCACGCCCUCUCGGCCUGGGUGUGGGUAGGCGUGGUCGUGCUCGCGCUGGUCUUCAUUCUAAGUCUGGUGGCGCUCUGCUACUGCUGCCGACGCCGCCGUCGUGGGAAGAUUCUCCGAGCUAAGCCCGCGGGAAGCCAAAUUCCAGCCAUCUCAGUGACCCGUCCAUCUACGACACACAUCUCUGAGAACGUCACCAGCACCCACCAGAAGACGCCCACACCACCGAGCGGCUACCCAUACCCACCGCCGGGCGGCUACCCAUCUCAGACCACCUACUACCAGCACCCGCAGCCGGUGCCCCCGCACCCGCACCCGGCGCCCCCGUACGCCCCGCCGGCGCCCCCGUACGCCCCGGCGGGCGCCCCCGUUCUGCCGCCCCCGUACGACGGGUAUCACCAGCAGCCGGCCUAUAACCCGGCCUUCCAGCCCGGGCCCGAGGACGUCAAGACGCCCAUGUGAGGGAAAGACGGGGAGAGGAGAGGUGAAUAAGACAGAGAGCGAAACUUGAGAUGGAGAAUAGAGAACGAGGGAACAGCUGGCUGGUUAAGUGGCAUUAGAGGGACCUGUCUGUGACGGCUAAUACCUAAGUGGAAAACUCCGCGAGGACGGGCGAUGACUGAUACCGUACUGAUACCGUGCCACUUCUUUCGUCUAUGCAGGCCGCUAUUCAUGGUAGGUGUUUUUCUAAGAACUUGCCUUUGUCACCAGUGCCAUUGACGCAUUGAAGUACUGACAAUGCGACAGUCUGCAUGUGAAUUGUUUGCGAUGCUUGGUGUAAUAAUGUCCAGCUAAGGCGCCAUUCGUUGGGAUCUCGCCACAUGUUGCUAGACAAUAGAGUUCACAUCUACGUUGAAUGGUGUCACAUAAUGGUGUUGUAUAUUUUACUUACGCUAAUAGAAAGAAUAAAUAAUUUUCACCGUG